AUGAAGAUAAUGGAGGCAUGGCAAGCCAGGGUCAUGGCUCUCGUCGCAGAGAUGCACAGUUGCAGCUGGAAGCCGACAGACGUUGAGGACAUAACGAAGUGGCUGCAGGACACGCUGGAAGACAGACUCACGAAAGCAACAACAGAAGCAAUAGCAGCAGUUAAAGCAGAGCAAGCAGCUGCAACAAUAGCCACAAAAGCAGAAGAAUCGGCAGCAGAAGAAGCAGCCACAGGAGCAUUAGAGGCAGAAGAAGCCGUGACCGAGACAACCGAGUUCCAGUGA